GGAACAAUUGGAAGUCUCAUUGUACAACAUGCUUCGACUAAGUCUCCCACCCAAUGUUUCAAUGGGAUUUCGUCUGGUAACUCUGGUGGCUCUCUUGUUUACCCACGUUGACCAGAUAACUGCAGAUACAGAGGCAGAAACAGGAGGAAAUGAAACCACUGAGUGUACUGGCUCAUAUUACUGUAAGAAAGGGGUGAUUCUGCCCAUUUGGGAACCCCAAGACCCAUCUUUUGGGGAUAAAAUUGCUAGAGCAACUGUGUAUUUUGUGGCCAUGGUCUACAUGUUCCUCGGAGUUUCUAUUAUUGCCGACCGGUUCAUGUCCUCUAUAGAAGUCAUCACCUCUCAAGAAAAGGAGAUUACCAUAAAGAAACCAAAUGGAGAGACCACCAAGACUACAGUGCGGAUCUGGAAUGAGACUGUGUCCAACUUGACCUUGAUGGCCCUGGGGUCUUCCGCUCCUGAGAUUCUCCUGUCGGUCAUUGAAGUGUGUGGCCAUAACUUCACCGCAGGGGACCUUGGUCCCAGCACCAUUGUGGGAAGCGCCGCCUUCAACAUGUUCAUCAUCAUCGCGCUUUGUGUUUACGUGGUCCCGGACGGAGAGACGAGGAAGAUUAAACAUCUGCGUGUGUUCUUUGUGACAGCAGCCUGGAGCAUCUUUGCCUAUACCUGGCUUUACAUAAUUCUGUCUGUCAGCUCGCCCGGUGUCGUGGAGGUCUGGGAAGGAUUACUCACUUUCUUCUUCUUUCCCAUCUGUGUUGUGUUCGCUUGGGUGGCAGACAGGCGGCUCCUCUUUUACAAGUACGUCUACAAGCGGUACAGGGCUGGCAAGCAGAGGGGGAUGAUCAUUGAACAUGAAGGAGACAGACCCGCUUCCAAAACUGAAAUCGAAAUGGACGGGAAAGUAGUCAACUCCCACGUUGACAAUUUCUUAGAUGGCGCUCUGGUUUUGGAAGUCGAUGAGAGGGACCAAGAUGACGAGGAAGCCAGGCGGGAGAUGGCCAGGAUUCUGAAGGAACUUAAGCAGAAGCAUCCCGACAAAGAGAUCGAGCAGUUAAUAGAAUUAGCCAACUAUCAAGUCCUAAGUCAGCAGCAAAAGAGCAGAGCAUUUUACCGAAUUCAAGCUACUCGCCUGAUGACUGGAGCCGGUAACAUUCUGAAGAGGCAUGCAGCUGACCAAGCGAGGAAGGCCGUCAGCAUGCAUGAAGUCAACAUAGAUGUGGUGGAAAAUGACCCAGUCAGUAAGGUCUUCUUUGAGCAAGGGACAUACCAGUGUCUAGAGAACUGUGGUACUGUGGCCCUCACCAUCAUUCGAAGAGGGGGUGACUUGACCCACACUGUGUUUGUUGACUUCAGGACGGAAGAUGGCACAGCCAAUGCUGGGUCUGAUUAUGAGUUCACGGAAGGGACUGUGAUCUUCAAACCCGGGGAGACCCAGAAGGAAAUCAGAGUUGGCAUCAUUGAUGAUGAUAUCUUUGAAGAAGAUGAAAACUUCCUUGUGCAUCUUAGCAACGUGAGGGUCUCCUCAGACGUUUCGGAAGACGGCAUAUUAGACUCCAAUCACGUGUCUGCGAUUGCUUGUCUCGGGUCACCCAACACUGCCACCAUAACCAUUUUUGAUGAUGACCACGCAGGCAUCUUUACUUUCGAGGAACCUGUGACUCACGUGAGCGAGAGCAUUGGCAUCAUGGAGGUAAAGGUGCUGAGAACCUCUGGAGCGCGAGGAAAUGUUAUCGUUCCCUAUAAAACCAUUGAAGGCACAGCCCGAGGUGGAGGGGAGGACUUUGAGGACACCUGUGGAGAGCUGGAAUUCCAGAAUGAUGAAAUAGUCAAAACAAUAUCAGUCAAGGUAAUCGAUGACGAGGAGUAUGAGAAAAACAAGACCUUCUUCAUUGAGAUUGGAGAACCCCGUCUGGUGGAGAUGAGUGAGAAGAAAGCCCUGUUGUUAAAUGAGCUUGGUGGCUUCACAUUAACAGGCCAACCUGUCUUCAGGAAGGUCCAUGCUAGAGAUCAUCCGAUUCCCUCUACCGUAAUCAGCAUUUCAGAGGAGUACGAUGACAAGCAGCCACUGACCAGCAAAGAAGAGGAGGAGAGGCGCAUUGCAGAAAUGGGGCGCCCCAUCCUAGGCGAACACACCAAGCUGGAAGUGAUCAUUGAAGAGUCUUACGAAUUCAAGAGCACUGUGGACAAACUCAUUAAGAAGACGAACCUGGCCCUUGUGGUGGGGACCAACAGCUGGAGAGAACAGUUCAUUGAAGCGAUCACCGUCAGCGCUGGGGAAGAUGACGACGACGAUGAAUGUGGGGAGGAGAAGCUGCCCUCCUGUUUCGACUACGUGAUGCACUUUCUCACAGUGUUCUGGAAGGUUCUGUUUGCCUUCGUCCCACCUACAGAAUAUUGGAAUGGCUGGGCCUGCUUCAUUGUCUCCAUCCUCAUGAUCGGCCUACUGACAGCCUUCAUUGGAGAUCUGGCUUCCCACUUUGGCUGCACCAUUGGUCUGAAAGAUUCCGUGACUGCAGUUGUGUUUGUCGCUCUUGGAACCUCAGUGCCAGACACAUUUGCCAGCAAAGUAGCAGCUACCCAGGACCAGUAUGCAGAUGCGUCUAUAGGCAAUGUCACCGGAAGCAACGCUGUGAAUGUCUUCCUGGGAAUCGGCGUGGCCUGGUCCAUUGCUGCCAUCUACCAUGCGGCCAACGGGGAACAGUUCAAAGUGUCCCCUGGCACGCUAGCUUUCUCUGUCACUCUCUUCACCAUUUUUGCUUUCAUCAACGUGGGGGUGCUGCUGUAUCGACGGAGGCCAGAAAUAGGAGGUGAGCUGGGUGGGCCCCGGACUGCCAAGCUCCUCACAUCUUCCCUGUUUGUGCUCCUGUGGCUGUUGUACAUUUUCUUCUCCUCCCUGGAGGCCUACUGCCACAUAAAAGGCUUCUAAAGGAACAAUCAAGAUAUAGUAAAUUUAUAUAUAUAUGUAUACAUAUAUAUAUACAUAAAAAUUAUGUAUAAUGAACAGAGGAAACUGACAUUUGUCAUGUUCACUUAACCUGCUGAUGGAAUCCAGCUUCAAGAACAUACUCCGUACUAGGCCGGAAGUCAGAAACCAUCAUC